AUGAAAAUAAUAAUUACAAUCUUAUGUUUUUACUCAGGAUACUCAGUAAUUUAUUAUGACUCUGGCUUCUAUGCAAAUUUAGAACGAAGUGGUACUUAUUUUGUUUGUCAGAACUCUUAUUCAAACACAUAUACAAUAGCGUUUUCUAAUAGUUUUGUUAAUAUACCUUAAGUGUUUUUAUUACUACAACAUAUUGAUACACCUACUUUAGAAUCAGAAUUUCAAGUUUCAAUAUCAAGUAUUACACUAAAUAGUAUAAAUAUUGAAAGAAUAUUUAGAUUUUCAAAUAUAUGUAUUUUGUCCAAGACCUGGAGUGAUAUGGUCAAUAAGAUUUGAAUGGAUUGCUAUUGAUGAUUAAAGAAUUUAAGUGAUUAAUUCAUUUAAUAUGAUUCCACCAAGUGAUAAGACUUUUAAUCAUUAAUUACUUAAUGCUGAUGUUGCUAUUCUAGCAAUCAAUACUCUGGGCUAUUUGGGAUAAAUAGAUUUCUAAAUUUCUGUAUAUAUAUAAAUAGUUAUAAAGAUUACAUCACUCACAAAGGAUAGUGUUUCUGUAGGAAUAACAAAAGUAACUGGGAAAUAUACAAAUUUAUUAUAAAUAGGUUACCAAAUUCUAUUAGCUAGUUAAAAAGAUAUUAUAGAUCUUGGACUUCUUACUUUUAUACCUGACUUUACUAAAGGAGGAAUCAAUUUAGAAUCAAAUAAAAUAUUUUUACUUCCAUUUUAAGGUAUAAAAUUUAAUUAUGGACGUUAAUAAACAAUUAAGAUAUUAAAAACUAUAGGAACUUCAACUGUUACUAUUAAUGCUAAUAAAUGUAUCAAAAUUUUAAAUUAUUAUAUUAGGGGGUGGUACAUAUGAUGCUUCAUAAUAUAUUAUUUAACAAGUAUGGUUGUCUUAUCAAUUUUUUACUAAUAAAGCAUCAUAAUGUUAUACAAUGAGAAUUAGUCAAAAGUUAGAACGUUCAUCUAAUUCACUUCCUUAAUUUUAUGUGGAAAUACCAAAUGCAAAUCAAAUUUAUAACUCUAUUGGAGAAUCUACUUUCAGAGUAUAUAAACCUAUUUUUAAUAUUGAUUUUAUUGUCAAAGCAAAAUGUAUUUAUGGUAAAAGGAUCAGAUCAUCAUUUAAUAAAUGUAAUGAUUGUUCAAUAUCCAAAACUUAUGAAUUUAAACAUUAUUGCCAUUCUUAAAUUAAUUUAGUAAGCUAUUUUCCACAGUUUUAAUAAUCUCAAAAUGUCAAUCAAGAAUUUAAAGUGAAAAUUACAGAAAACACUUGUUAAAUAUAUCAAAUAUUAUACAAUUAAGUUAAAGAAGAAUACACAAUUAUCAAUAUCUAUUUCUAGGAUGUGUGA